AUGCUGAGGAGAAAAAUCCGCACAGCUGAAACCAAAUCUCGUGAGUCAGAGAACCGGGGCCACCCUGGAGGAGGUCAACAUGCACCAGGAACACAACUCUCACUUCAGUUACAAAAGAACCUGAGAGCUCGCCACAGCGGCCCCAGGACCACUACCAACGGGACAGACUCCACUACCAACGGGACAGACUCCACUACCAACGGGACGGACUCCACUACCAAUGGGACAGACUCCACUACCAAUGGGACAGACUCCACUACCAAUGGGACAGACUCCACUACCAACGGGACAGACUCCACUACCAAUGAGACAGACUCCACUAACAACAGGACGGACUCCACUACCAAUGGGACGGAAUCAUCUACCAACGGGACAGACUCCACUACCAACGGGACAGACUCCACUACCAACGGGACAGACUCCACUACCAAUGGGACAGACUCCACUACCAAUGGGACAGACUCCACUACCAACGGGACAGACUCCACUACCAAUGGGACAGACUCCACUAACAACGGGACGGACUCCACUACCAAUGGGACGGAAUCAUCUACCAACAGGACAGACUCCACUACCAACGGGACAGACUCCACUACCAACGAGACAGACUCCACUACCAACGGGACAGACUCCACUACCAACGGGACAGACUCCACUACCAAUGGGACAGACUCCACUACCAAUGGGACAGACUCCACUACCAACGGGACAGACUCCACUACCAAUGGGACAGACUCCACUAACAACGGGACGGACUCCACUACCAAUGAGACAGACUCCACUACCAACCGGACAGACUCCACUACCAACGGGACAGACUCCACUACCAACGGGACGGAAUCAUCUACCAACGGGACAGACUCCACUACCAACGGGACAGACUCCACUACCAACGGGACAGACUCCACUACCAAUGGGACAGACUCAACUACCAAUGGGACAGACUCCACUACCAACGGGACAGACUCCACUACCAACGGGACAAACUCCACUACCAAUGGGACAGACUCCACUACCAACGGGACAGACUCCACUACCAACGGGACAGACUCCACCACCAACGGGACAGACUCCACUACCAAUGGGACGGAAUCAUCUACCAACGGGACGGACUCCACUACCAACGGGACGGAAUCAUCUACCAACGGGACGGACUCCACCACAAACGGGACAGACUCCACUACCAACGGGACAGACUCCACUACCAACGGGACAGACUCCACUACCAACGGGACGGAAUCAUCUACCAACGGGACAGACUCCAGUACCAACGGGACAGACUCCACUACCAACGGGACAGACUCCACUACCAAUGGGAAAGACUCCACUACCAACGGGACAGACUCCACCACCAACGGGACAAACUCCACUACCAAUGGGACAGACUCCACUACCAACGGGACAGACUCCACUACCAACGGGACGGACUCCACUACCAACGGGACAGACUCCACUACCAACGGGACGGAAUCAUCUACCAACGGGACGGACUCCACUACCAACGGGACGGAAUCAUCUACCAACGGGACGGACUCCACCACCAACGGGACAGACUCCACUACCAACGGGACAGACUCCACCACCAACGGGACAGACCUUCCUUACCAAUGGGACAGACUCCACUACCAACGGGACAGACUCCACUACCAAUGGGACAGACUCCACCACCAACGGGACGGACUUCACUACCAACGGGACGGACUCCACUACCAACGGGACAGACUCCACCACCAACGGGACGGACUCCACUACCAACGGGACAGAACCCCCUACCAACAGGACAGACUCCACUACCAAUGGGACAGACUCCAGUACCAACGGGACAGACUCCACUACCAACGGGACAGACUCCACUACCAAUGA